CAAAAAGUGUUUCGGUUUUCGGUAGUGAUAAUAAUAAAAAAAUCGGUAAAAAACGUGUUUUUUUAUCAUACAGCAUAAACAGUCGUGUUUCAUAAAGAUUAAAAUUGACAGAGAUAAGAAUGUGACGUGAGUGAAAACGUAAUUACUUUUUCCCUAAUUGUUAAAUUCCUCGCGAAAAAAAGUUUAAGGGUUUAAAAUCGUGGUAAAAACACACACGGGGUGAAUAAUUUUCAUUAGAAAGUUAAGUGUGUGAAAUUUCUAAUUACAGCAGAAGUGUAGAUUUCUGUAAUUAGUCGCCUUCAAGUUUGACAUUUGCCAUGUUGAUGGAAGUUGUUAAACGUCAAGUCCUAUAAAAAGUAAAUAAGUUAUUUGAUAUUUAAUUAAAAUGAAUCGUAGUGAAGGGUUGGUGCAAAGACGAAACAUAAUACGUGACACAGGUGAAGGUGUUAAUAAAGAAUCGCAAAGCAAUGAGAAGAAGCAAGAACACGAUGAAGACAUAGACGAGGGCGAUUCUAAAGAAACCCGAUUAACUUUAAUGGAAGAAGUAUUAUUAUUAGGCUUAAAAGAUAAAGAAGGUUACACAUCGUUUUGGAAUGAUUGCAUUUCAAGCGGUCUCCGGGGCUGUAUUCUAAUAGAGUUAGGUUUACGUGGACGCGUUGAACUCGAGCGUGCAGGUAUGCGUCGAAAGGCGCUUCUGACGCGCAAACUUAUCCUUAAAAACGACACCCCCACUGGCGAUGUUCUCCUAGACGAAGCUUUAAAACAUCUCAAGGAAACAGAUCCACCAGAAACGGUUCAAAGUUGGAUCGAAUACCUCAGCGGUGAAACCUGGAACCCCCUCAAACUACGAUACCAAUUGAAGAAUGUCCGUGAGCGUUUAGCGAAAAACCUCGUCGAGAAAGGAGUCCUAACAACGGAGAAGCAAAACUUCCUGCUUUUUGAUAUGACCACUCACCCUCUCACUGAUAAUGUUACCAAAAGUCGUUUAAUAAAAAAGAUUCAAGAUGCCGUACUUACGAAAUGGGUGAACGACCCCCAACGCAUGGAUAAGAGGAUGUUAGCGUUGAUUUUCCUCGCCCAUGCUAGUGACGUUUUAGAGAACGCCUUCGCCCCCCUAAAUGACGAUGAUUACGAAUUGGCAAUAAAACGAGUAAGAGAGUUACUUGACUUGGACUUUGAGCAAGAAUCAGUCAAACCAAACACUUCGGAGGUUCUGUGGGCCGUUUUUGCAGCUUUCACGAAAUGAAAAUAAACUGUUUUUGCUACUAAAUUUUAACUAGAAAUAAAUUACGUUGAAAUAUUGAAAGUUAUCAGUUUUGUAUUUAAUGUGAUGUUAGUUUGUACAUUGGAAAUUUUUUCUAUGUGGAGUACACAAGGGUAGACUAGGAAUAAUCAACACAGGACACGAUGUACUCCAACUUUUAUUUGUACAUAACUUGGAACUAAAUGUAUUGUUCAUGUAUGUCAAAUAUUACCCAACUAUUAUUAUUGUUUUAUAAUAUUAGCCUUAAUUUGUAUUAAAAUAUUCCCAUUUUCUUUAUAAAAAUAAACUAUCAAUAU